AUGCACUUCCUUGCUAUUUUCUCCUUGGAUGAGGCCGCCAUGGCUGCUCCUCCGAUUGUCCCUCGUGGAGCCGUCGCGAGCACACUGAAAGAUCUACUCAAUGAUCCCAACGUCGAUUUCAUCGAGAAGGUCUCCACCAUAUAUGGAGCAUCAACCCAGAAAAACGCACCCUGGGGUCUAGCCCGUAUUUCCAACAAACUACGAGGCAAGGAUCAUACAACUUUCACCUAUGACGAAAGUGCCAGUGAAGGCACAUGCACUUAUGUUCUCGACACAGGCAUUGAAGUCGAUCACCCUGAAUUCGAGGGUCGCGCCAGAUUCGUGCAGUACUUUGUUGAUAACGCUGAUUUGGAUGCUAAUGGUCAUGGGACUCAUAUUGCGGGCACCAUUGGGUCUAAAACCGGGUCAGACGGCAUUGCGGUCAACAUGUCUCUUAGUGCUGCCUCUUCACCCUCUAUUAACGCAGCUGCUCGAUACAUCGUCAAAUCGGGUUAUUUUCUCGCUGUCGCAGCUGGCAACGAGGACACGGACGCAUCCCACGUUUCGCCAAGGAGCAACCGCCCAGAACGAUACGAGCCUCACUCUCCAAUUGCGGUGUUUCUGAGGUGUCAAGCUCGAGUCAGGCACACAUCGACCGCAACACCACACGUCACUGGCCUCGCGGCUUAUCUCUUGGGCCUCAAGGAUAGCAAGGCAUCAGAACUAUGCAACUUUAUUGUAACCAUGUCUCUGAAAGACGUCAUCAAGGGCAUUCCUGAAGACACGGUCAACCUGUUAAUACAGAACGGCGAAGCGAAGUAA